AUGUCUGAAUUAGACGCACAAAUUCCUACUACCUUUGAUCCUUUUGCUGAGGCAAAUGCUGAGGACGCCGGUGCUGGGUCAUCAAAGGAGUACGUGCAUAUUCGUAUACAACAGCGAAAUGGUAGAAAAAGCCUGACAACUGUCCAGGGAUUGAAGAAAGAAUUCAGUUACAACAAGAUUCUUAAAGACCUUAAGAAGGAGUUUUGCUGUAAUGGUACAGUUGUCCAGGACCCAGAACAAGGACAGGUUAUUCAACUUCAAGGUGAUCAAAGGAAGAAUGUUUCUACCUUCCUAGUCCAGGCUGGAAUUGUGAAGAAGGAGCAUAUUAAAAUUCAUGGUUUCUAA